GCUCUGGCGAAAUACGCCGAAAGCCCGUGGUUUUUGCCCGGCACUGAGCCGUCUCUGGUGGACAUCAUUUUCGCGCCAAAAGUCGAGCGCGUGAUUGCCUCCUGCCUCUAUUGGAAAGGACUGACUCUGCGCCAGCACCCAGAUCUGCCAGCGUUGAGCAGGUGGCUUGACGCCUUGGAUCAUCGACCGUCCUACGCUGCUUUCAAAGCCGAUUUUUUCACCCUAAUCAACAGCUUGGAGCCACUUUUUGGUCGGGCAUACAGCGUGAACACACCAGAAGUAGCAGAGCUGCAACAGAAGCUCGACGGUUUUCA